GGACACUCACCUGAGCCAAAAGGAGCAAAUAAUCACAUGCACUCUCUUUUUAUUCUGCAACGGAGGAAUGUCAUGUUUCCACUUCAGUUGCAGGAUGACAUGAUUUCUGGGAAGUUCUGCCAACAUUUCGAGGAGAGAAACAGUUUUGGAGCUUGUGAAACUGAAGCUGUUUCCCUCCUAUCCUUCUGAUAAAGCUGAGGAGGAACAAGGUUUUUGUCCCACAGUGUUGAUCACACCUGUAUCCUCUUCUCAAAUCUCCCAUCCACAGCUCCACUUUCAUAUUUCCUGCCAUACGCCUUUCACUGUUGUCUUUUCUCUUUUAUUUGACGCCGUACUGCCAGUUUCACCCUCUUUCCACCCCAUCUCUCUCUCUCUUUCUGUGUCAUUGUAUGUCGAUUAACCAGUCAUGGCAGUGACAUGUGGAAUUUUUCAUUACCUCGCCCCGGGGGCACCAUGCUGCCUGUGCCUGUGUAUCUGUGCUGCUUUUUUUUCUCCCCACUCCUGCCUUCUCUUUCUCUCUCACUGUCACACACACACACACACACACACACACACACACUCAUUCUCUCUCUCAUUCUCUCUGUAGUAUUAUCAGCCGUAGGGGAGCUGUGGUUUGUUGUUUGUUGUCCAGCCAGCUGUAUGGAGCAGUAGUAGCUGUCAGUGACUGAUCUCCUCUCCAUGGCCUGUCGUCCCUCCUGCUCUGGCUCCUACACCGUGGUCAUCAUCCCCCUCAGGACCAGCCUCUACAGCCUGGACGCUCUUCGCUUCUACCUAUGGAUUAAGCGCCUGAAGGAUCUAGAGAAGGAGAAGGACGCUCUGUGCUCUGGUCUGGAGAUCCUGGAGAAGACUCGUCUCUGGUACCUCCAGCGGCUGGAGGAGAACAGAGCCAGGCAGGACAACAUCGAGGCCAAAAGCGGGGUCAGCUGCAGCCAGGAAGGUGCAGCAGAGGCUCGGUCUUGCCUCCUCAGGUCUCGGAUCCAGCGGGUGAACGGCUCUCUGGGCUCUGUGAUGAGCGAGCCCAACGUCACCAGCAGUAGCAACCGUUCUCUGCCAGAAGCAGUGGCAGACAGCGAACUCCGGUGGCACAACACAGUACUGACUCAUGAGGUGAGUCAUAAGAAUGAGCGGAUCUCCAUGUUAGAGCUGGAAAAAGGAGCUCUCCUCAAACAGCUUGAUGAACUGCAGGCCCAUAGAUUGCACAAACACACACACCUACAGGCAGACACAUGAGCUGCACUGCAAACUUACACUUCAUUGCAUGUGACACAGUUGCAAACUUUUAACCACUUGUAAAUAUGUAUUUAAAUUAAUAAAUUACAGUAAACGAUGCAUAAUUUGCUCCUGUGUGUUCAACAGAAAAACAAGUUUUGCUGAAGCAUUGCAUAACCUGACUGACAUGUUACGUUGCUGUAUUAAUGAGUCAGUCACUGGCUAUAUUAUAACCAAGCCCAGCUGUUAUCAUGCACUGUGAAAUAACUUCUCAUUAGCAACAUUAACUGUUAAUAUUAGCUUUUCACUAAGACAAUGAAUCCUAAUGUUGUUAUGAUUAUGACACCAACAGCAAAACCGAUUAAGAAAAUGACAGGACUUUUAUAUGAUUCAUUCCUAUUAUGUUGUCAGCUUUACUGUUGACUGUGUGAAAGAGGUGCAGGGGUGGACAAAAUAACAGUAACAUCCUACAAUAUAACACAAUAUGCAUGGUGGAGUACAUUUACUGAAGGACAAUUUUGAGGUGUACUUGUCUUGAGUAUGCUACUUUAUAAUUAUUUUCUUUCAAAUUAAAGUUUAUAAAAUCUGAUUAUAUCUCUAUAUUAAAUCAAGCAGAACAUUAAAGUGUUGCUCACAUGUUGAUGCAUCAACAAUAAUGAUCCAAUAAUACAAUAUAUUAAGGGAAUCAAGGAAAUGUAUUCAUUAUACAACCUUGUGUUGUAUAACAAAUGCCAGUUUCCAGUUCAUAUAUAACACUAAUGGGGACCAUUCUGUAGAGUACUUGUACUUUUGAUACUUCAAGUACAUUUUUGUUGCCAAUGUUAUAGUGUGGUAGAGCCCUUAUUUGGUGUUUCGUAUAAUUUGCCCACAAAUUCAAAGUAAACAGCACUGAACAACACUUAAAUCAACAUGCUACAGGUUAUAUUGGUAUUGUAUAGCAUCUACUGGCAAUACUGAGUUCCAGAAUUUACAUAUUUAUUUUUAUACUUAUAAUUCGAAUUCCAAAUGUAUAUGUAAAUGUAAAUUAGAUUUCAGCAGCAAAGAGACUUCAACUUCAGCUGAAGUGCACCAGUAGUUUCCUGCGUCAUCGUGUGUCCUGUUACUCGCAGUUGUUCCGUUUCCGUCCCUGAAUGUGGGCUCUCUGUCUCGACACGUUGCAGCAACCUCUCUCGGUGGUCCCGCGCUGAUCUAACUUCAACUGAUAAACUUUAUCUAGCUGAGUCAUUGUGCGUGGUUGCAGGAAUUCUCUCUCCUGCAUGCACGACUCUGUAGCCUUUCAGACAGAGGACAACAUUAGCAGGCUUAAUAUAGAACUCCAAUCCCUUGCACAUAGAAGAUAUCUGUUUUCCCACGCCCCAACAGAUGCUCUCUUAUCAUAUUAAUGUAUUUUUCUUUCCCAAUCCAAAGGACUGAAUAUGUAAUAGUCACAUAUUUAGUUUAAAACCAACCUCAACUCCACUUUACCUGAUUAUUCUUCUUUUUCCCUUCCUCUUGUUUUCAUUUUAAUGCUUUGUAUCCAUAAUCUUGUUUGCUAUGCUCAUCCCCAUAAGGUUAUUGUCUACAAGCAUCUGUUUAGUCCAAGGCCUAUGGUGGCCCUGUGUUUGAAGCUUGCAGUCAUCACGAGAGAAGGUAAAUAGGUUUGAUAGAAGACAGGAUGCAGUACAAGGGCAUUCUGUUUUGUCUGUUUGUUUAAGAAAACAAGGUUUUGUGCAGAUUUUUGUGGCACAAAAUGAAUAAAGAUUACCACAUGUGACCUUAUUCCAGAAAUAAACUGAAAUGAUCCUGAUAAAGUUAUAAACGUUUCUUGUGUAUUAAAUCUCCUGUAUUAAAUCUUCUGUACAAAA